AUGCAAACGUACUUGUUUAGUCUUCUUGUGUAUGUUGUGAUCGGUUGGAUAAGUUUGGUAACUGUUUAUGGUGCCGUAAUUAAUCAUCAAACGUCACAUGAUCUUGUUCAAGAGCUACCAUCAAAAUCGCUUUUCAACGCACAUUUUCAACGAGAAUCGAAUUUGCUCAAUAAUGAAAAUGUUCAUCCAAAUGACAAUAAUGCGGCAUCGUCGAACUUACGUUUAAAACGAUCACCGGUGAAAAAGUUCUAUGAAUUUGGUUCUAAACGAGCUUAUCAUGAUGACGAUGAAAAUGAAAAUAGCCUUGACAAACGAUUCUAUGAUUUUGGAAUGAAAAAACGUUUUUAUGAUUUUGGUGUUAAACGUUCAAUCUAUGUACUCCCAAGUGAUUAUUCUUAUGACAAUAACAAUGAUUAUUCAAAAAGAUUUUAUGAGUUUGGAUCCAAACGAACAACUGAAUAA